GUGAACAUCAGUCUCUAUCUUCUUUGUCAAUUUGUCAAGACUCAAAAUCGGCGAUCAUCUAAAGUUAUCAUCUUUCUCCUAAACCCAUUUUUUCCCAGCUUCCUUAAUCCCAACUACUUCUUCAAAUUCAAGAUUCAUGGCUACUACCCCGAUUUUUAAUGCCUCGUGUAGCUUUCCAUCGACCAGAGGAAUCGAUUGUAAGAACUAUAUUGGUCUGCGAUCGAAUGUGAGUAAAGUGAGUGUUGCUUCUUCUCGAAUUGCAACUAGUCAACGUCGUAAUCUUGUAAUAAGAGCUAGUGAAUCUGGCAAUGGACACGCUAAGAAACUUGGAAUGAGUGAUGCUGAGUGUGAAGCCGCUGUUGCUGCUGGAAAUGUUCCUGAAGCUCCUCCGGUUCCACCUAAACCCGCUGCUCCGGUUGGUACACCGAUAAUUCAGCCUCUUAAUCUAAGCAGACGCCCACGUCGUAACCGCGCUUCCCCUGUUGCGCGAGCCGCCUUUCAGGAAACUGAUAUCUCCCCUGCAAAUUUUGUAUACCCACUUUUCAUUCAUGAAGGUGAGGAAGACACGCCUAUUGGAGCUAUGCCCGGUUGCUACAGACUUGGCUGGAGGCAUGGUCUUGUACAAGAGGUUGCAAAGGCUCGAGCUGUUGGUGUAAACAGCAUAGUUCUGUUCCCUAAAGUUCCUGAGGCUUUGAAGAAUUCAACAGGGGAUGAAGCAUACAAUGACAAUGGUUUGGUGCCUCGAACAAUUCGUCUUCUCAAAGACAAAUAUCCUGAUCUUGUUAUCUACACUGAUGUGGCUUUGGAUCCCUACUCAUCCGAUGGUCACGAUGGAAUAGUUAGAGAGGAUGGUGUUAUUAUGAAUGACGAAACGGUACAUCAGCUGUGUAAGCAAGCUGUUUCCCAGGCCCGAGCUGGAGCGGACGUUGUCAGUCCGAGUGAUAUGAUGGAUGGGCGAGUAGGUGCAAUCCGUGCAGCUCUUGAUGCUGAAGGAUUUCAAAACGUCUCCAUCAUGUCCUACACAGCCAAGUAUGCAAGUUCGUUUUACGGUCCUUUCCGUGAAGCCCUGGACUCCAAUCCGCGUUUUGGAGACAAGAAAACGUAUCAGAUGAACCCAGCAAACUACAGAGAGGCCUUGAUUGAGGCACGUGAAGACGAGGCUGAAGGAGCAGACAUUCUCCUGGUGAAGCCAGGUCUUCCAUAUUUGGACAUCAUACGGCUUCUGAGGGACAAAUCUCCAUUGCCCAUUGCUGCAUACCAAGUUUCUGGAGAGUACUCAAUGAUCAAAGCAGGGGGAGUCCUGAAGAUGAUCGAUGAAGAGAAAGUUAUGAUGGAGUCCCUGAUGUGCUUACGCCGAGCUGGAGCGGACAUCAUCCUAACAUACUUCGCUCUUCAAGCUGCUACUUGUUUAUGCGGCGAGAAGCGGUAGAAUAGACAUCGAGAGUAUGUGUUUUAAACCAUUUGAGUAUAUGUGUUUUAUAAAUCAUUUGAGACAAUUGUGAUUUUUGCCUUUGUUCUAAUCCCAGUCUUUUUAGUGUCGUGCAUAUGUGAUCUUCUGUUGUCUAAUAUGGAUUAUGAUGUGUCCCCUAGACUUCAAAAUUUGGAGGCCAUGAUCUGAGCUUUUGAAUGUGGUUCUUGUAGUUUUCGAUUGAUAUUUGGCAAAGCUUAAAAUACUGUUUAUAAGAGAACAAACUGAUAACAUCUUU